GUGCGGCCGCCGAUGGAUGCUGCGCGGCCGCGCUGCCAUUUGCAGCCGCCGCGGCUCGCAGCGCUCCCUGCAGCCCCGGGAGCUGCGGUCCCCUGGCCACCGCCGCCCCGCUGCGCCUGCAGCCGUCGGCCACCCCCCGCCUGCCCCCUCCUUCUUUUCGGUCCCACUGUCCCUCCGCAAUGAACCCUCCCUCCGCAGCCGGCGGGGAGGAGACGGGGGCGGCGGGUGGUGGCGGGUGCCGGGGGGCCGAGGGUGGUGGGGAGGCGGCAGGCACCGCUGGGGUCCCGGAGGAGCCGGGGCUAUCCGCGGCAGAAGAAUCGCUAGAGGAGAAGCUGCGGACGCUCACCUUCAGGAAGCAGGUGUCCUACAGGAAAGCAAUCUCCAGGUCAGGCCUCCAGCACUUGGCUCCUGUGCAUUCCCUCAACAUUGCAGUCUCCAAUGGACCUGUGAAGGAACCAAGGGCAGCCUUAGAGUGGACUGAAAAUGCUGUGAAUGGAGAGCAUCUGUGGCUGGAGACAAAUGUUUCUGGGGACCUUUGCUACCUGGGGGAGGAAAGCUGCCAAGUCAAAUUCUCAAAAUCUGCUCUGCGAAGGAAGUGUGCUGCCUGCAAGAUUGUGGUCCAUAAUGCGUGCAUGGAGCAGUUAGAGAAGAUUAACUUUCGUUGCAAACCAACUUUCCGAGAGGGAGGCUCCAGAUCUCCAAGAGAAAACUUUGUCCGACAUCACUGGGUGCACAGGCGGAGGCAGGAGGGGAAAUGCAAGCAGUGUGGAAAGGGCUUUCAACAGAAAUUCUCCUUCCAUAGUAAAGAGAUUGUGGCCAUCAGUUGUUCCUGGUGCAAACUGGCGUUUCAUAACAAAGUCACCUGUUUCAUGCUACAUCACAUUGAGGAGCCAUGUUCCCUGGGGGCUCAUGCUGCUGUCAUUGUGCCUCCCACCUGGAUCAUUAAGGUGAAGAAACCUCAGGUGGUCUCCAUACCAGGAGACGAGCCUGAUUGGGCAGGAGACUGGAGCCCCGAAGGGGAAACGGGCGUCUCCUACCCCUAUUGGGAGGGUUGGCAGAACUCAUUAAAGACUUCAACAAGGCGAAAGAAGAGAACGUCUUUUAAAAGAAAAGCCAGUAAAAGAGGCAAUGAAGAUAACAAAGGUCGGCCAUUUGUGAUAAAGCCUAUCUCCUCUCCACUCAUGAAACCACUGCUGGUUUUUGUCAAUCCAAAAAGUGGAGGAAAUCAGGGCACCAAGGUUCUCCAAAUGUUUAUGUGGUAUUUGAAUCCACGCCAAGUAUUUGAUCUCUCUCAGGAAGGGCCAAGAGAUGCGCUGGAGCUGUACAGAAAAGUGCCAAACCUGCGGAUCCUGGCCUGCGGUGGGGAUGGGACGGUGGGCUGGAUCCUGUCUAUCCUCGAUGAGCUGCAACUCAGUCCCCCACCUCCUGUGGCUGUCCUUCCCCUUGGCACUGGGAAUGACCUUGCCCGCACCCUCAACUGGGGUGGGGGCUACACAGAUGAGCCAGUGUCCAAGAUCCUGUGCCAUGUAGAAGAUGGGACAAUUGUCCAGCUGGACCGCUGGAAUCUCCAAGUUGAGCGCAACCCUGAUUUGCCACAAGAUGAGCUGGAGGAUGGAGCACGUAAGCUUCCUCUUAAUGUCUUCAAUAAUUACUUCAGCCUUGGAUUUGAUGCACAUGUGACACUGGAGUUCCACGAAUCUAGAGAGGCAAAUCCAGAGAAAUUCAACAGCCGAUUUAGAAAUAAAAUGUUUUAUGCAGGGGCAGCCUUUACAGACUUUCUGCAAAGAAGCUCAAGAGAUUUAUCCAAACAUGUUAAAGUUGUGUGUGAUGGUACAGACCUGACUCCAAAGAUCCAGGAGCUGAAGUUCCAGUGUAUAGUGUUUUUAAACAUACCCAGGUAUUGUGCUGGCACAAUGCCCUGGGGAAACCCUGGAGAUCACAGAGACUUUGAGCCUCAGCGCCAUGAUGAUGGUUACAUUGAAGUCAUUGGGUUCACCAUGGCCUCACUGGCUGCUCUCCAGGUGGGUGGUCAUGGAGAGAGGUUGCAUCAGUGCCGUGAGGUGACACUUUUAACGUACAAGUCUAUCCCCAUGCAAGUGGAUGGUGAACCAUGUCGACUGGCUCCCUCACUCAUUCGGAUCUCCUUAAGGAACCAAGCCAACAUGGUGCAGAAGAGCAAGAGAAGAACAUCUAUGCCUUUGCUGAAUGAUAUCCAUAAAGUGCAGUCUGCUGACCUGAGGAGAGUCUCAGCUCCCCCCGAUUCCUUCACUGUUCCUCAUUCCAUCCCAGAUCGCCUGCGGAUCAGAGUGAACAGAAUUAAUUUACAAGAAUAUGAGGGACUACAUUAUGACAAGGAAAAACUCCGUGAAGCUUCCAUUCCCCUAGGAAUUAUAGUUGUACGAGGAGAUUGCGACUUGGAGACCUGUCGUAUGUACAUUGACCGGCUACAAGAGGACCUACAGUCUGUACCUCCUACUACACAAAGAGUUCAUUACCAGGACCAAGAAAGCUCUUUCCCCAGAGUUCUUUCUGUUCAGAGGCUAUCUCCCAGAUGGUGCUUCCUAGAUGCAACUUCUGCUGACCGUUUUUACCGCAUUGACAGAUCUCAGGAACAUUUGCACUUUGUGACAGAAAUUUCGCAGGACGAGAUUUUUAUUCUGGACCCAGAGCUGGUAAUGUCACAGCAGGUGGGGACACCACCAGGAAUGCCUGAUCUGGUAGUGGAGCAGGCCUCUGGAAUAUCAGAUCGGUGGAAUCCUGCAGUUCGGAAGAGGAUGCUGAGUGACAGUGGCCUUGGCAAGAUUUCCCCACACUACGAGGUACCUGACAAACAAAAGGACGCCAACCAGACACAUAUGCUGCAGUCACCAGUCUCUUCAGAAGAUCAAGCACUUUUACAGGCAGUCAUAGCUGGUGAUCUGCUGAAGUUCAUAGAAUGCUGUAAAAAAGGAGCCAAUCUGUUAAUCCAAGGACCUGAUCACUGCUCCUUGUUGCACCAUGCUGCCAAGACUGGUCAAGGCGAGAUCGUGAAAUACAUCCUGGAGCAUGGGCCAGCUGAAUUACUGGACAUGACAGACAGUGAAACGGGUGAGACAGCAUUACAUAAAGCAGCCUGCCAGCGCCAUCGUGCCGUCUGCCAGCUCCUGGUGGAUGCGGGAGCCUCUCUGAGAAAGACAGACUCCAAGGGUAAGACCCCUCGUGACAGGGCACAGCAAGCUGGUGAUCCAGAUCUGGCCUCCUACCUGGAAAGUCGACAAAACUACCAAAUGGUUUCCCAUGAGGAUCUGGAGACAGCAGUCUGAUGUCUGAACACCUCAAAGAGGAUCCUUGAAAAUCACAAGGCUGCAGCUGAAGCACUCAGGCAUCGUAUGAGGAAGAAGCUGAUGGAAUCAAUGUGUCUCUCACUCUCAUGGGAAAUACCUGAGGACAUACCACCAGUUUCUAAGGGCUAAUGAGUCUUGCCACGGAACAAUUAAGUUCCAUAAUUUAGCCCGUGAAGGACGAGGCAGGACACUCAAAGGUCUGUGGAAUCCAUGGGCCAGGAAAAUUUACCUUUAUUGCUUCCAGCAAGUAGCAUGAACUUCUCCUAUGUUCAUCUGUACAAUUUAUUAAAAAAAAAGAAAAAGGAAAGAGAAAAGAGGGUGUGGGGGAACCAAAUUAACUGGGACAGUAACACACCCAACCAGGCCCUCCUUCAUUCCUACAGAUUUCUGCAUUUCUUUUAUUCUUCUAUUCCCUUCACUUCUCAUCAAUUAAAUAGUACCUUUUAUCUCUGUGUUAAGUCUUCACAAAUGGUCAGGCAGUAGCAAAAAAUCUGUGGAGCUCUGGAUGCCCUUAGGAAAAACUCACCAUUUUUAGUGGCUACCAUUCUCUCCUUUGGCAUCCUCUUGGAAGCUGCAUUCUCAGUGCUCAAUCACCAGGGAGUUUCCCCACUUUUAGAGAGGACUCUGCCUUGUUUCCCAGGGUGUAGGGCACAGUUAGAUUUACAGUUGUAACAAAGUCUAAUCUCCUCAUUGCUUCUGAGUAUACAGUUAUGUUGUGCUCAUGAGACAGCCAGGAGGGUUACAUGGGAUGCCAUGUUGUGUGGUAAGCAGAAAGUUACUGGUGAGGCUUCUCACGCCACCAUUGUGUUGUGUGAUGACUGACUCAAUUCUGCUCAAGUUUCAGGCCUGCCUAGAAGCUAAGAGCUAUUUUUUUACAUUUGAAAUGACUGACUUAAGGACCCAGUCUCCUUCAAGUUACAGCCAGAAGUAGGAAGGAGACCUAGAAUAUCAGCAGUCAGCCUAAGCUUGCUGCUUGCAGCAACAAGUGUUGCCCUGGUUGCAUGGGGAACUGGAAAACCUUCUUUGUCUGAAGGUGUAAACAAGGACAAGGGGCAACGGGUACAAACUAGAACACAAGGUUUCACUUGGACUUAAGGAGAAACUUCUUUACUGUGAGGGUGAUGAAGCACUGGAACAGUCUGCCCAGAGAGGUUGUGGAGUCCUUCUCUGGAAACUUUCAAAACCUGCCUGGAUGGCAUUUCUGUGCAACCUGAUCUAGGUGUACCUGUGUUAGCAGGGGGUUUGGACUAGAUGAUCUGCAGAGGUCCCUUCCAACCACUACCAUUCUGUGAUUUGAUUUCCCCAAGUAACAAAAGUUUCAGAGAGGCUAUCCCACUGGGAAGAACAAAUGGCAGCUCUUCAUCUUGCUACCCCACUAUAGGCUCAGAAAUGUAAAGUUGCUUAGCCACUGUAAAGGCCAGCCCUGUCUUCUGUACUCGUCUGUUCUCUGUCUUACCUCAAAGAUCAUUACCACAAAAGAAGAGAAAGCAAAUGUAUACACCCAGGCAUACAUGCACAAAAUGUUCACUUUCAGAUUUUCAAGCACUACUCAGAUGCCAGAAACAGCAGAGCUUCCACUUUGUCUUUGUCUAACCGGUUCCCAUGAAGAUGCUCAAGGCUCACUUUUGGCAUAAUUCUUGCAACAGAUUUUUGACUUUUGCUUUAUUGUCUGUUUUGAAAGAUCCACUGGUGUUUCCACAUGCCUUGCUAAGUGUAGGUCUCUGGUAGGUGGUGAUCAUUGGGAUUAUAUGCAGUUUGGAAAAAGUGAAAAUAACUCAGGUCAUUAUUCAGAGAAGAUUUUUUUUUCCCCUCCUUGCUAGAAGUUGUGGAAAUGAAAUUAAUGCAAUUAUUUUCCUUUUAUUUCCUCCUUUCUUCUUCUUUGGUUUUAUUUU